UAAUUUUACUAAAUAUUAGUUCACAAUUGUUAGAUUUUCUUUUAAAUUAAUAAGUGACUUAGUUAUGGUAUUUGGAUAAAGCAUUUUUGAAAUAUAUAGUUCAAUUACAAUAUUACAAUAUUAUAAUCACUUAUUUUGUAACAACUUAUAACUAAUUAAAUGAUUGAAAUGAAAGAUAAUUCUGUUUGAUUAUUAUAUAACCCCUCUCUUGAAAAAGUCAACAGUGAAAAAAAGUAGGAGUUUUAUUUGCACUUUCAAAAAUCUUAUACCAGUCAUGAGUAGGUUCAAAGUAUUUGUUUAUGGAACAUUGAAAACAAAUGAACCUAAUCAUCAUUGGUUAAGUAACACAGAGAAUGGUAAUUCUAAUUAUUUAGGUGAAGGUACAACUCUUCAGAAGUACCCCUUGAUAAUUGGGACACAGUAUAAUAUCCCAUUUCUUCUAGAUAAGCCUGGUGUAGGAAAUAAUGUUAUAGGAGAAGUUUAUGACAUUGAUGAAAAGAUGUUGUUAAAUUUAGACAUACUCGAGGACUAUCCGAAAUUUUAUGAAAGAUCAGUCAUACCAAUCAAAAUGAAAACUGAAGUAUUAGAUUGCUGGACCUACUUCAUUAAAAGAUACAACGCUGAACUUCUUAGUAAAGAAAUGUUUCCUUCUUAUAGUACAAAAGGACCACAUAACCUUCCGUAUUGUGAAAGGUAUUUAAGAGAUCCUAGCUAUAACUACAAGCUUGAAAUAUUGGGAACAGGAAGAAGCGACUUUAGAAGAUCUAAAUAAUGAAUAAAAAUUCUUUAAAAAAAUAAAUAAAUAAAAAAGGAUGAGGAUCAGUGAAUAAAUUAUUUGUAAACCAUCUA